UCACACGCAAGGGCAAACUCGUCACAUGAACGAGUACGGUCCUUCGCUCAACAUGUCUCUUAAUAUAUCCUUGUCGGUGAUGUUACUUGCCUUGGUGGUUCCAGGGCUUGGUCUGUCUCCGUCGAUGCUCAUUAGCCAAGUUACUCUUUCCCAGCUGUUGGAGGAAAUGUCCAAGUUAAUGCAGACGAAUUCCACUGCAACUCAGCAAGUUCCUGAAAUCGUGCCCUCCAGUGCCUGCACAGACGACCCUCAAACAAGAGACUGCAGCAAGGUUGUUGAAAAUGAUCUUUGCUUCGCGGAUUCAUUUUACACUCGUUACUGUUGCCGUUCUUGCACUUUGGCGGGAAAAAUUCCUGUGUUUGGGCCCCAUCUCGGCCAGGAGGUAGAAGCUCCUCUGAAGGUCAAGAUUACAUCCGAUAAGGAAAGAUAUUUACGAGGGAGUGAUAUGAACGUCACGUGCCUUGCCACCGGCUACCCUGCCCCGGAGAUAUAUUGGUUUCAGGACGACGAUGAAAUCAGCAGUCUGAAGAAAUAUCAAGAAGACGUGACAGAUGUUGGUGGGAUCCUGACCCGGACUGUUCGCAGCGAUCUCAUUGUCAGGAAUUACACUGAAUUACGUUACAUUGUCAAGUUUAAAUGCAUCGCAAUCAACCGUGAGCGUACCGCCUAUGCACAGAAGGAGAUUCGUAUUGACAACGCGGAAAUCAACAUUUAUCCCAGACAAGGCAUCUUCAAAAGUUCCCAGGACCCGGUCAUCACGUGCGUCAUUAAGGGAAUCAACUUAGGAAACGCGACUUGGAACAUGCCCUAUACUCUCAGACAUGGGGCUUUUACAAUUGUAGAAAGCAGAAGGGAAGAAAACGGGAUGACGGUGAUUCAAUCCAACGUGACCAUCUUUUCCGCGCAGUUGUCGGACAUUCCGGAAAUGUUUGGAUUGAAGUGUUCAUCGACAAAUGAAACCUACCGAGACCUGGGAGUAGUGAAAGAAGUUUAUAUCAUUAAAGAUGUUGAAAUCUCUAGCAACUGUACCGAUAGCAACAGCGAGACAUGUUAUGAAUAUCGCAAAAAUUGCAACGACAUAAUGAAAAAUCACUGCUGCAAGACAUGCACACUGAUGAAUCAUACACGAAACAAUCCAUAUGGUUACUUAGGCGAUAUAAUCAGUGUCUCAGCUUAUGGUGAUAGAUCGCGUGCUUAUGGCGACAAAGUGUCUAUAAAAUGCUACACAACAUGCACGUAUGGGAAGCAAGAUGUAAGGUGGUACAAAGACGGUGAAGAGAUCAGUAACUCUGACGGUUAUUAUAUCAAAGAUGAGUUUGAACUGGAAAUGUAUUUUUGGCAAGGGGUGUCUGAGCUCAUUAUCUUAAAUGUGAGAGUGAAAGACGUAGGCAUAUACAAAUGUCGCGUCACUCACGGUCAGAAGACUGACGAAGACAGCGUAUUAGUAAGAUUUAAUGAAUAUGGGAAUAUCGGUUAUUGAUUGGCGACUCAAGGAAAUGGGAGUCAAGACCCUUCUCUCGGCGGACAUAGAGGAGCAAGUUUGGCCUUGAAACCAGCGCCAAGCCCUGCGUCGGACAUUUUUCUUGACUCACACUCAUACUUACAAGAAACAAGCCUCGUCGAAGUCGCCUCUUGUGAAAACUGCGUUCGAAUAUCCUGGCAUUUUGGAGUGCCCUUUGUGACUAACAAAUGUACGGUAAAUUCGACUUUGCAGAAGGUUUGUAAAUUUGAGUGAAACCCUCAUAGUAUACCAUAUUUUCUACAAGAUAGCAUUCCUAAAUAUAUACCUACUAACAAAAGUAAGCUCUAUGUGUGAGGGUUAUGCCCAUGUGGACUAAACGAAGCAGUGAUGUGAAUUCCAAAAUCCCAAACCAAGAAUUUCAUGCGACCGUUUGGUUCAGCCGCAAGUGUGCUUUUGAUAUGUUUGGGAAAGUUCUUGCUUUUCGUGAAUUUCUUGGAGUGUGUGUCGCCCCGAUGAAAAGGCCUUAUUUGUUGGACCUCUGCGCUUUGCCAACUCAGUCGGUCUUUCCACUGUUGCCAAAUUAGUUUUACCUUCAGACUAUAACUAUUUCUCUUGUAUCAUGUUUUAAGUUCUUAUUGCUAGAUGGUGAUGUAUAAGGACAAGUUAGUGCAUAGUUGCUGUAGAAGGCAGAAAACAAAUAUAUGAUGUGUUAUGAUA